UAAUAAAUUUAUGAGACUGUAUUAACAAAUGAGCGAGUUUGCAAUCAGUUGGUCUCUAUUCUCUCACAAAUCGUAUUGACUAACUCAUUCAGACGAAAAGGCACUCUUGUAUACCACUUGUACAUCACUUGUAGAAAAGGUAAGCAACUUGAAAUUUUUAUUCUAAUACUUUGUCUACUGCCUCUGUCCUCUUUUCUCAACCUAUUUAUCUUUUGUCCGAACGUUCGUCGUCGAAUUUACGUUUCUUAAAGUCGAUCCUUGGUAAAGGUUUCACGGUCUAACCAAAAACUGAUUAUUUUCCAUUACGCCGUAUUAUUUAAAUUUUUGUUAUACAUACGAUCGUCAAAAAUAACUAUGCAAUAGAUAUUUUUUUUUCUUUAUCUUCAGACACGUCAUAUAUUUUCUAUCAUUCUAUCUAUAUUUGAAGAAGUUUAUUCAACUAAUUUCUCGUGCUUCUUUCGCAGACAUAAUGAUCCUCACGAUUUUGUUGAUUCUUAUUUCAUUUUUAUCCCUAAUGCAUUAUUUUGUAAGAUGUCGGAGAAUGGGAAGAAUCGUUAAUAAAAUUCCAGGACCAGAACCAUAUCCCAUAAUAGGAAAUUUACUUAGUUUUCAAGUUGAUAAUGAACAUCUACUUGAAAACGUUUGGAAAAUGAAUGAAGAGUAUUAUCCGAUCUACAAAACAUGGUCUUUUUUUACCCCGAUAGUAACUUUGCUUCAUCCGGAAGAUGUUGAGGUGCUCAUGAAGAGUACAAAACAUAUAGAAAAAAGUACUAUUUACAAAUACUUGCAACCUUGGCUUUCUACUGGUUUGAUAACUAGUGCAGAAACGGCUAUGGGUACCCCUUUAAAGGAGAAGAACGAAUUUCAAUUUAAUUAUCGCAAUGCCGUUUAUGCUUUCGGUAAAAUCGCGACGUAUAGAAUGGUAAGACCUUGGUACUACUUCGAUACCGUAUUUGCACUUUCAUCGAAUGGCCGACUACAAAAGAAACUGUUGAAAACCAUGCACGAUUUUUCGAAAAACAUAAUCGCAGAAAGGAAACGUUUCCACGAACAAACUAAUGGGAAAUUUUUACAAAACCUUGAAAACAUGGAGGAAAAUGAUAUAUUUUCUGAAGGAUUUGACAAGAAUGAUAAGAAUUCGUUAUUCAAGAAAAGACUCGCUAUGCUAGAUCUACUUAUAGCCACUUCUGUGAAGGAUAAUGAAAUCGAUGAGGAAGGUAUUCGAGAAGAAGUCGACACUUUUAUGUUUGCAGGUCACGACACUACGGCAAUGGCUUUGGUCUUUGCUUUGCUUCUUUUUGCAAAGCACAAAGAUGUUCAGCAAGGUAUAAGAGACGAAGUAAACACAGUUAUGCAACAAGAAGGUUAUAAACUAACGAUCUCUGUGCUUCGAGAAUUUUCAUACUUGGAAAGAUGUAUAAAAGAAUCACUUCGUUUAUAUCCAAGCGUUCAUAUCAUAUCUCGUUAUAUAUCUCAGGAUUUACAGCUGAAAAAGUAUUUAGUCCCGGCCGGUUCAACGUGUCACGUAAGCAUCCAUAGUUUACAUAGAAAUCCAGAAUAUUGGCCGAAUCCCGAUGUUUUCGAUCCCGAUAGAUUCUUACCAGAAAAUGUAAAAGGACGUAAUCCUUACUCGUACAUCCCAUUUAGUGCAGGAUUAAGGAACUGCAUCGGUCAAAGAUUCGCAAUGUUCGAGAUUAAACUAAUGAUAGCUUACAUACUACACAACUUCUAUUUGGAACCUGUUGACGAACUAGAUGACGUUAAAAUGAUAGCAGAUAUUAUUUUGCGCUCGUCUAAACCACUCCGUGUCAAAUUUAUACCGAUAAAACGAUAGGAAACGAAUUUUACUUUCCACCUUUCGUCUUUUUCUGAAUGAAAUAAAUCGAAGUUACAACAGAA